AUGUUUUCGAUUUCUGCAUCAUCAUUCACUUUAAAGCACAGAGAUCAAAAGAAAGAACAUCGCAUUCCUCGCCCACCCAACAGUUUCCUCGUCUUUCGCCAAAAGAUGCAAAAGCAAAUCCAAGAAAAAUAUCAAGGUGCCAACCAACGAGACAUGUCCAAAAUUAUUUCUCAAUGGUGGCACGCCUUGAAGCCCAAAGAUAAGCAAGUCUAUGCCGAUGAAGCAAAAAAGUUGACCUUGGAGCACAAACAAAGAUACCCUAAUUAUAAAUUUAGACCCAAG